CUAAACGUUAUAUAAUAAAUGAUAUAUGUCUUCAUCAAUUUUUCAACGAUAAUAUAGUAUAACGACAAAAUAUGAACUGUGAAUUAUUGGCCCACUUAUUGCAUCCAUUAAUGUUAAAUAAUGAACUACUUCUACGUUAAUAUAUGCAUUAAUGCUUGUUAUAAAUUGAGAUCUCCAAUUUAACAUCUUAAUUAGGAAGCCAUGAACGCACCUCAUGCACUCAUACUCCCUUACCCUGCGCAGGGCCAUAUCAUUCCGCUCAUGGAGCUCUCUUACUGUCUCAUCGAACGUGGCUUUCACGUAACUUUCAUCAACACAGAGUUCAAUCAUGAGCGUAUUUUCGCCGCGAUUUCAUUGCCAGGCCAAGCCAAGCUCAUCGACGGAGUUCAUUUUGUGACUGUUCCUGAUGGCCUCGAGCAGGAGGAGGAUCGCCAUGACUUUGGGAGGCUAACGACGUCCUUGAUGACAGUGACGCCAAGCUUCUUGGAGAAAUUGAUGAGAAAUAAUGGGGCUGUGAAGUUCACUUGUUUCAUUGCAGAUAUCAACAUGGCUUGGGCGCUCUCCAUUGCUAAGAACAUGGGGCUUCGAACGGCUGGCUUUUGGCCUGCUGCAGCUGGAAUCCUUGCGGCCAUGUUUGAAAUCCCAAAACUUAUUCAAGAUGGAGUCAUCGAUGAAGAAGAUGGAGCACCAAAAAAGAAGGAUGUUAUCCAAGUGAUCCCACGUUUGCCUCCCAUGGACACAAUCAGCCUUCCUUGGAAUUCCUUUAAUGAUGCAUAUACAAGAAAAAUAAUAUUCAACUACUUGAUGACCAAUAUGCAAGCUUCUUCUAAUGCUGAGAUGAUAAUCUGCAAUAGCUUUGAGGGGCUUGAAAAACCAAUGUUCAACGAAAUGCCAAAUAUUUUGCCUGUAGGGCCACUUCAUACUAGAUUUCAAUCGAGAGAAUAUCCUAAUUUAUGCCAAUUAUGGCUUGAAGAUAAGGAAUGCAUGGCUUGGCUUAACAGUCAACCUACAUGUUCUGUUAUCUAUGUGGCUUUCGGCAGCAUCACCAUCUUCAAUAACAAGCAAUUCCAAGAGCUAGCACUUGGCCUCGAGCUCACAAAUCGGCCAUUCUUAUGGGUGGUAAGGCCAGACUUGACCAACAAAUCUAUUAAUUGCACCUAUCCCUCAGGCUUUGAAGAAAGAGUUGCAAAUCGAGGAAGAAUGAUUGGUUGGUCUCCUCAACAGAAGGUUUUGGAGCAUCCUGCAAUUGCAUGUUUUAUAUCACAUUGUGGUUGGAACUCAACUAUAGAAGGAGUGAGAAAUGGUGUACCUUUCCUCUGUUGGCCUUAUUUUGCUGACCAAUUGUUUAACCAAAGCUAUAUAACAAAUAUUUGGAAGGUAGGGCUGAGUUUGUCUCUUGAUGAGAAUGGGCUCAUUUCUAAAGACGAAGUUGGAUCAAAAGUAGAGGAGUUGCUUAAGGACAGAGAUAUUCUAGCAAAAUCACAAGCUUUGAAGAAACUUGCUCAGAAGAGUGCCAUGGAAGGAGGGUCGUCCUUUAAUAAUCUCAAUAAAUUUGCAAGCUUUCUAAGUGACAUUUAAGUCUAGAACUUGUAGAAAUUAUGGAGAUAGAGAGAGAGA